CAGCCACCGCCUGGCGGUAUCUCUAGCUGCUCACAGCGCGGGGUUCCUCAGGGCGCGGAGUCUAAGUCCCAAUUUGCUUGUUCACCAGGGCCCCUGAUGGUGGGGAUGGACUUGGAGCAGACUGAGACCAGGUCACGACCCCUGAGUACGUCCGGCUAUGGUAGAGGGUACCGUCAGAGGGACUGGAUCCGUGCGGGAUGGAUGGAUGGGAGACCGUGGGGUAUGGCGUAGUCAGGCGGGCCAGGUCGGUAACCUGCGGGCAGCGAGGUAUCAGAGGAGCAGACAGAGAAUAGUCAGGUCAAGCCAAAGUUCAGCAACGGGAGAUCAAUCAUAAGGAGCAGUCAGGAGAGAGUAGUCAGGAUGAGCCAGGGAUCGAGCAGGAGAGACAGUCAGCAGGGUCAGGAUCAAGCAGAGGUCGGCAACAGGAAAACUU